AUGGGCCUGGGAUGUAAGAACGCAGCCGGUGGGCGAAUAUCGCGUGCCCUGCGUCUGCUAGUGCUGAUCGUUCUCGCUCUCGUAGCCAUUGAGUACGUCUACGGCUGGAUAUUUGGCGCUACAUAUAUCAGAACGUAUCUCUCCGCUCGUCUCUACAACAUCACCCAAUUUACCUUCAGAGACAAUGAAACACAAAUUAAAAACGAAACUGCAACAACGAGACCGCUACCGGGAACAUUAUGUGACUUAACGCCCUCGGGAUUAGGUCCCGUGCGAGUUAAUAAGACAGAGGUGGAGCUAGCCUCACUUGAAAAUAAAUUUCCCGAGGUCGGACUGGGCGGUCGAUAUACACCGCCUAACUGCACUCCCAGACACAAAGUAGCCAUUAUUGUGCCAUACAAAGAUCGAGAGCAACACUUAGCAAUAUUUCUGAGCCACAUGCAUCCAUUCUUGAUGAAACAACAAAUCGCAUAUGGAAUAUUCAUUGUAGAACAAGCGGGUAGCAAAAGCUUCAAUCGCGCUAAGCUGUUGAACGUGGGCUUCGUUGAAAGUCAAAAAUGGGAGUCUGGUGGAUAUCAGUGCUUUAUCUUCCACGAUAUAGAUCUACUACCGGAAGAUACUCGCAAUAUGUACUCGUGUCCAGAACAACCUCGCCACAUGUCUGCCGCCAUAGAUAAGUUCAAAUACAAGUUACCUUACCAAACGAUAUUUGGCGGAGUUUCGGCCCUCACUGAGGAGCAGUUUAAGAAGGUGAACGGUUUCUCAAAUAGGUACUGGGGAUGGGGUGGAGAAGACGAUGACAUGUAUAAAAGACUGAAUGCAAUGAAUUAUAAAAUAUCCAGAUACGAGAUGAACAUAGCAAAGUAUGUGAUGUUAGACCAUAAGAAGUCAGCACCUAAUCCCAAGAGACAGUCAAUCCUGAAACAAACUGAUAAAGUAUUUAAGGAGGAUGGUCUAUCAACGCUAGAAUAUGAACUAAUCAAAAUGGUGCGUUUCCAGUUGUACACGUACUUAGUAGCAGAUAUAGACAAAGAGAGCUGA